AUAAAAAGACGGGUGCAUUAGCCAUCUUAUGGCCUUUAGGAAAGAUUGCCAUCUCUGCAGCUUCUCAAAGGUGCCUCCGGCCAGAAUAAUCGGCCAGAAUAAAUCCUACAAAGUAGAAUCCAUUGUAGGACUCAGUUUUGCAUAACUUCCACCCUCCAACAUGAGGUUUCUCUUGAGCUGUUGCAUCAUGGGCGCUUUCCUAACUUUAGGCACCUGUCUUGAGUGUGAGGUUUGCAGCAGCUCAGAAGACAACUGUCAUGGCCCAAUGAAAACUUGCGGGUCUGAUGAAAAUACUUGCAUCGCCAGUGUGAUGGAGGUUUCAAUACCCACAGGAACAAUAAAGAGCUUCGGCAAGGGCUGUGCCUCAUCCAAAAUGUGCCACCUUGGCAUUGCCGAGAUGAAUUUUGGGAAUGGAAAUCGAGUGAGAGUCAACAGAGCUUGUUGCGUUGGGCAUUCGUGUAAAACAGCUCCUCUUCCAGUGCUGCCACCAGUAGAUACCAAACCCAAUGGACUGAAGUGUCCUGGAUGCUUUGGGGUUUCAACGGAAUGUCAUGAAACAGAAAUGGCUUGCACUGGAUCCGAGACCAAAUGCAUGGACAUGGCCGGGAAACUGACAAUGUCAGGUCCAAUGAACCUGGAUGUUGCCUUGAAGGGCUGUGCUAAUCAGCUAGUUUGUUCCCAUUUAAAACUGGGACACUUCACCUUAUCAGGAUCAAGUGCAGACCUGACGAAAGCUGCUUGCACCCCAGCCUCCAAGGCAGCCAAAAAAUCUCCGUGACUGGCCGGCUGGGACUCUCUACCUCAU